ACAAAACCCUAGCAUAUAUUAGUUCUUAAACUGCAGCUGAGAGUAAACCCUAAUUUCUCAAAGAGUCUACAGAGACAGAGAGUGAGAGAAGAGAGAAACCUAUCGAGACAAAUGGCCGCCGCCGCUGCUCGUCCUCUCGUCACCGUCCAAGUUUUGGAUGGUGACAUGUCCACCGAUCAAUCCUCCACCGUCGUAUUACCCGACGUCAUGACGGCGCCAGUUCGUCCAGACAUCGUUAACUUUGUCCACGCCCAAAUCUCCAACAACAGCCGUCAGCCUUACGCCGUCUCAAAGAAGGCCGGUCACCAGACCUCCGCGGAGUCCUGGGGAACCGGACGUGCCGUGUCUCGUAUCCCUCGUGUUCCUGGUGGUGGUACUCACCGUGCUGGUCAAGCUGCGUUCGGUAACAUGUGUCGUGGUGGUCGGAUGUUCGCUCCAACCAAGAUCUGGCGCCGCUGGCACCGUCGUGUCAAUGUCAACAUGAAGCGUCACGCAAUCGUCUCAGCCAUCGCCGCAACUGCUGUUCCUUCGCUUGUGAUGGCUCGUGGUCACAAGAUCGAGAAUGUUCCUGAGAUGCCUCUUGUUGUGAGUGACUCCGCAGAAGCUGUGGAGAAGACCUCAGCUGCGAUCAAGGUACUGAAACAGAUCGGGGCUUAUGAUGAUGCUGAGAAGGCAAAGGAUAGCAUUGGGAUCCGUCCUGGUAAAGGUAAAAUGAGGAACCGUCGUUACAUUUCUAGGAAAGGUCCUCUUGUGGUUUAUGGAACUGAAGGAGCUAAGAUAGUUAAGGCGUUUAGGAAUCUUCCUGGUGUUGAGCUCUGUCAUGUGGAGAGGCUUAAUUUGUUGAAGCUUGCUCCUGGUGGUCACCUUGGGCGGUUUGUGAUCUGGACCAAGUCUGCUUUUGAGAAGCUUGAGUCUAUCUAUGGUUCGUUUGAGAAGCCAUCAGAGAAAAAGAAGGGAUAUGUGCUUCCUCGUGCAAAGAUGGUGAAUGCUGAUCUUGCCAGGAUUAUCAACUCAGAUGAGAUUCAGAGUGUUGUGAAGCCGAUCAAGAAGGAUUCGAAGAGGGCUGUUCUUAAGAAGAAUCCAUUGAAGAAUCUGAAUGUGAUGUUGAAGCUGAAUCCUUAUGCUAAGACUGCUAAGAGGAUGUCACUGUUGGCUGAAGCACAAAGAGUUAAGGCUAAGAAGGAGAAGCUUUCCAAGAAGAGGAAAACCGUUACCAAGGAGGAGGCGUUGGCAAUCAAAGCAGCAGGCAAGUCGUGGUACCAGACUAUGAUCUCCGACAGUGAUUACACCGAGUUUGAUAACUUCACCAAAUGGCUCGGUGCUAGCCAGUAAUAAAUCAUCUGCUGUGGAACACUUUCCAUAUUUUUAGUCAAAGAUUUUGUUUUUUUUUUUUAAUCUGUUUUGUCUUUUGGAGUCUGGAUAUUAAGUUGAAUUAUGAACAAGUUUCACUUUUCACAU